AUGUCCGCCGUUCUCGGAGCGUUUCGGCUGCCAGCGUUGGCAACGGAGAAGUUUACGACAUAUGAGCCGGCCUCGCAGGACAGGACAGAGCUUUCGAAGGCUGUAGACCAGCUCAAGAACGCACCAGCCCGCGACAUCCGCCCCGUCGUUAACGGAGAACCCGUACCCAGCGACCACUCGUUCGACCAGCUCUCGCCGUUCAACCAGCAGCAUGUAUUGGCGCGAGUUCAAGGAGCGUCGGCCACUACUGUGCAGGAGGCCAUCAAGGGCGCUCUCGCUGCCAAAGCAGAAUGGCUUGCAAUGCCCCUUCACCAGCGCGCAGCCGUCUUCUACAGGGCAGCGUAUCUCUUCCAAAAUGACUACAAGUAUCAGAUGAUGGCAGCGACCAUGCUUGGACAAGGCAAGAAUGCCUACCAAGCCGAUAUCGACUGCAUUGCAGAGUCAAUUGAUUUCUUGAGGACUUUUCCCACGCUCGCCGAACGGAUGUAUCAAGAGCAGCCUCCGUUCAACGCCCCUGGAGUGUGGAAUCGCUCUGAAGUUCGCCCUCUGGAUGGUUUCGUCUACGCCAUUUGCCCCUUCAACUUUACUGCUCUUGCGGUCAAUCUGGUCCUCGCUCCAUUGAUCGUUGGUAACGUAGUCGUAUGGAAGCCGAGCCCUGGAGCCGUGCUUUCGUCGUGGUUGUUCAACGAGAUCAUGAUCGAAGCUGGGAUGCCUCCAGGCGUGAUGCAGUUCAUCCCUGGAGACGCCGAAGCCAUCACCAAGGUCGUCCUUGCCAACAAGCAUCUUAGUGCUGUCCAUUUUACAGGCAGCACCGAUGUCUUCCAGAAGAUAUAUGCGUCUGUCGGCUCAAAUAUCACCUCUUACGUCUCCUACCCUCGCAUGAUCGGCGAGACAUCGGGCAAGAACUUCCACCUCAUCCACAAGUCGGCAAACAUUCGAAAUGCGGCACUGAAGACAAUCAGAGCUUCAUUUGAGUACCAGGGACAAAAGUGCAGCGCUUGCUCGCGAGCCUACGUUCCAAGAUCCUGCGCCGAUGAGUUUUUCGAAACCCUGGCAGCAGAAACCAAGCAGUUGACGAUGGGUGACAACUUCACCGACUUCUGCGGUCCCGUCAUCAGCAAGGCUGCGUACCAGCGAGUGUCUGGUUUCAUCUCUCGAGCGAUCAAGGAUGAGACCGUAGAGAUCAUCGCUGGUGGAGAAUGCGACGACUCUAUGGGGCUGUACAUUCGACCGACAGUUCUCAAGGUGAAGGACGCAAGCUCGCCAUUCCUGAGUGAAGAGAUCUUCGGUCCAGUUCUGGCUGUGCAUGUGUAUGAGGACGAAAGCUUUGGGCCAGAGCUUUACAAAACCAUCGACGAAUGCUCGCCUUUUGCGCUAACUGGAGCGAUUUUUGCGAAAGAUCGGAGGGUCGUAGCGGAUGCGAUAGAGCAUCUUCGCUUCAGUGCCGGCAACUUCUACAUCAAUGAUCAAUGCACUGGCGCAAUGCCGGGCCAUCAGCCCUUUGGCGGCUCUCGCGCCAGUGGCACGAACGACAAAGCGGGCACUUUCACACUGUUGCAGCGUUUCGUAUCAGCGCGAACCAUCAAGGAGAACUUUGGCACAAUCGAUACCGUGUUGUAUCCGUCAAACCUAGAAUGA